CUUCUCCGUUCACAAACGUCGGGAAUUGUGGUACAAGAAGAAUAAAAAAUAACUUGGAUCAAAGUGUCAUCGUAAUUUGGAGACUGUAUUCUUCACAUUACUAUUCGAUCUACCAGAAGAAAGCAAAUCCAGAUUAAUGAAAGCAUCCCAAACAGGAAAAAAGGAAUGUAUGUCAGGCGUAAGUGUGCUGUUCAUACAUUAAUGAGCGCACUUACUGACGAAGACUGGAACAUGAUGGUGGGAUGCUGGAUACGGCUUGCCAGUCGCGGUCCUCGCUGUCUGAUUCUUGUUGUUUUUCUCGCGGCUGAUUUAUCUAUCAAAUCCCAUCAAAUGUAAAGGAUUAUAACAUUUGAAGACUUCUCUUUCGGAGUUUUAAAGUGAUACAGCCAUUUUAACGGACUAUCAGUCCAGGCUGAAUUAUUUCGCCUACUGGAGUUGGCCGCUUAUUCUUUGGCAAAUGUUUCUUCUUUGGGAGAUGAAGGUUAAUUACCGGAGCCGCUGGGAAAAAUUAAUUAAAGUAAGAAUAAAUUCGAGAAAAAAGUUGAGAGUUAUUAAGUGAAAUAAAUAUUUGAAGAGAUCUUUUCGAUUUUGUUAGGGACAUUGUGUGCUGAAGUACCACGGUUUUGCGUAAAUCUAAAUCCAUAUAUCCAUCUUUUGAGCAGCUGAAUUUAAAUCUAAUAUAUUUAAAGUAGUAAUUAAUAUUAAACUGUAAUGAAAAUUUAAUUUAAAAUGGUUUUGUAAUGUUUUAAUUAUCUAGCGCUUGUAUUAUAUAGAUUUAGGCCUACUAUUUGUUUUUGUUACUGACUAUUCUGUUUUAAUCUGAAAUGUAAAGCAAAGGAAAAUGCAUAUUCAAGAAACCAUUUGCACGUUCUAAAGUGAAACCUGACACACAUCAAGGUUACAUUUAAAUUUUACAGCUGAAGAAGUGCACAAGUUCUUAUAUAAGUUGUGGACUGUGAGCUAUUAUAACUGGAUGAGCUUCUCGGGCAUUUCAUCUGUGUUUCUGAUUUCCAACCUGAACUUCCAAAAAUGGAGCAUGUGGUAGAGCAGUCACGUGUGAGGGAGCCUAAGUGUUGAUCUAAAAGAGAAGUGUGUUUGCACACAUGCAAGACGAUUCUGGCAGCAGAUUUCAUGUCUAUUAGUGUAUAGCUUAGAGUGAUACAUUAUUCAAAUGUAGUGUGACAUUGCUUUCUAUUUGAAAAAAAAGAAACAAACUUAUUAAAUAUGUCACUAAAAGCCAAGGCUCUCUAUGAUUUCCAUAGUGAAAACAAAGAAGAGAUCAGCAUUUUGGAGAAUGAGGAACUAAUCAUUUUUGAUGAGCAUCCCAUAGAUGGUUGGUUACAGGGUGAGAAUAGUCGAGGGCAGAUGGGUCUCUUCCCAGCAUCUUAUGUGGAGGUGAUCCGGCCUGAUUUGUGUCUCACGGAGUGUUCCCCAAGCCCAGCCGGCUUUUCUGGAGAUCAGUCGUGCUUCCUGCCCACUCAGUGCAUGCCUGCAGGUGGCCAGCACAGCUGUGAAGAUGACAAUAGCUGGGAUGACUGGGAUGACAGUUUGUCAGUGGAGGAAGAGGGACAUCCCCAGCAAGGUGCCAACACUAAUGAGAGGAGCUGUGGAAGUCCCUGCAGCAGCCCCACCGUUCACCAUCACCUCAGACCCACAGAGAGAGCUGACAGAAUGUGUAGAUCACAAAAGGGCAGCUUGGUAACCAGGAAUUUGAACCGCUUCUCAAGCUUUGUGCGCUCCGGGGUGGAGGCAUUUGUACUGGGCGAUGUACUCCUAACGGCUAAGAGAGCAGAGUCCUAUACCAUUGAAAUGGGGCCUCUAGGCCCCCAGUGGAAGGAUAGCCCCGAGCCUUUUUCUUGCUCCAUUGAGGAUCCCACCAAGCACACCAAGUUUAGAGGUAUCAAAACAUACAUCUCCUACCGGCUAACACCGAGUCACACAGGUCGUCCAGUGUAUCGACGCUACAAACAGUUUGACUGGCUGUACGCCAGGCUGCUGCAGAAGUUUACGAUCAUAUCUUUGCCUCACUUACCUGAGAAACAGAGCGCGGGGCGCUUUGAGGAUGACUUCAUUGAGAAGCGCCAGCGCCGCCUGGCUCUGUGGAUGGAUCACAUGACCAGCCAUCCAGUGCUCUCACAGUAUGAAGGCUUCCAGCAUUUCCUCCAGUGCACCGAGCACCGGCAGUGGAAGCUGGGGAAGCGCAGGGCAGAACGAGAUGAGAUGGUAGGUGCCCAUUUCCUACUGACCUUGCAGAUCCCUAAUGAGUCCCUGGACUUUCGGAAAGUGGAGGAAAGGAUAGGUAUCUUCAAGAACUUCGCCAAGGGUAUGGAUGAGAGCAUCAUGCAGUCAGCCCACGUGAUGUCAGAGCUGGUCCGCAAGCACGUGGGCGAUUUCCGUAAGACAUUCCAUAGACUUGGGUAUGCCUUCCAGUCCAUUAGCCAGACGUUCACCCUUGACCCCCCUUACUGCUCAGAUGCCCUGAACAGCGCCAUCUCCCAUACAGGCCAGACCUUUGAGAACAUUGGGGAGAUGUUUGCAGAACAGCCCAAGUACGACCUCUUCCAUGUGUUGGACAGACUCUCAUACUACCAGGGCCUACUGGCCAACUUCCCAGACAUCAUUCAUGUACAGAAGGGUGCAUUCGGCAAGGUGAAGGAAAGCCAGCGAAUGAGUAAGGAGGGGAAGAUGGCCUGGGAAGAGGCGGACGGCGUGCAGAAGCGCUGCCAGACUGUGGGCUUUGCCCUUCAGGCAGAGAUGAACCACUUCCACAGGCGACGGGUGGUGGACUUCAAGAAGAUGAUGCAGGCCUACUUGAGAGAGCAGAUCGCCUUCUACCAGCGCGUGGGCUGGCAGCUGGAGAGCACCCUCCACAUGUAUGACCAUUUCUAGAGCUUUCUUCAGGCCACAGUUUCACUUGGCUUUUCUGUAGAUGUCCAAACCUAUAAAGAGGGUUGAUAUUAAACAUGGACUUGUAAUGAUUUUCUCUCAAAUUCAGUGACAAAGAUACAGUCCGUUUUGCUUUGGAUUCAGAACUCUGUUGAGUUACUACUGUGAAAAUGUUUUAUAUAUGCAGCCAUUUUGCACAACCACUUAUCCAGAAUGGCUUCACUGACAGACUGGAGUCCACCCCAGGAAGUACAGUGUAUGUGGCAGAGGGCACCCUGGACAGGAUACCUGUCCAUAGCAAGGGCGUUUUUGGUUAUGGAAGGUUAGAAGUUUCCAGUUUCCCAACUGCAAAUACUAAAACAGGAUGGAAUUAAAAAUGGAAUUCCAUUGAAAUAGAUAAUGUUAUGAUGGAAUUUGUCUCUUGAAUAGCGCCUGUUACCGGUAUGUAAUAUUAAAUAUAAGAUACUGACAAAUUGGAUGUUGUGGUUUUGUUCUAAGCAGUUAACUGUUCACCCAGGCCUUCCUAAGCAGACCCAGGUAUGCUGGUGGUAGAAGGUAACAAAUAUGCAGAUCUCUAAGCAAUGUGUGAGAAUGUGUAAUAAAGUGUGGGGUGCUGGAUUCGAGUGUCUGCUAAGUGGCUUCUAUUGUUAUAAGCAAAUCAGAUUAAUUUAACGGUGUAUGGUGCCUGAUGUGACCCUGGAAACAAACGUUUCCGUUAUCAGUUACCUGUCACAGGUUUCUGUAUGUGUGGGCUUCCCCUGACGUACUAAUAGGCUAAGAAACAAUUUCUUUUUUGCAUUGUUCCUCUGUGUGGAUAGGGAAUGGGUCAUGUGGUUCUGAUUGGUCAGGCCUGAGCUCUAAUUGUUUGUCUAGACCAUGGACUGUUUUACAGAAGUUUACAGUAAAUAAACACGUACCACAAC